AUGAAGUUCCAGUUCGCAGUCACCUUCCUUGCUGCCCUCGCAGCGGCCAGCCCCGUCAACAUCGAGGAGCGCCAGAUCGGUGCCAUUGGCGAGAACGAACUGCGCAGCGGCUCUUGCAAGGACAUCACCUUUAUCUUCGCCCGUGCCUCGACCGAGCCCGGAUAUCUCGGCAUCUCAACCGGCCCCGGCGUCUGCGAUGGCCUGAAGCUCAGAAGACCCGGCCGCGUCGCCUGCCAGGGCGUUGCCCCCGCCUACCGCGCAGACCUCGCCUCCAACUUCCUCCCUCAGGGAACCAGCCAGGCCGCCAUCGACGAAGCCGUCGAGCUCUUCGAACUCGCCGCGUCCAAGUGCCCCAACACCCAGAUCGUGGCGGGAGGAUACAGCCAAGGAACCGCAGUCAUGCACGCCUCAAUCUCGCAGCUGCCCAGCAACAUUCAGAACCAAAUCAAGGGCGUCGUGCUCUUCGGCGACACCAGGAACGCCCAGGACAAUGGACGCAUUCCCAACUUCCCGACUAAUAAGACUAAGAUCUACUGCGCACUCGGCGACCUGGUCUGCACCGGGAGCUUGAUCAUUACUGCUGCGCACUUUACCUAUACCGUCAACGUCCCGGACGCCAUCAGCUUUUUGAUUGAUAGGCUUUGA